AUGCUACUGACUUAUUUUCAUAUUCAAGUUUCAUGCAGUGGUAGAAUAAAAUCGGACAGCGGUACAAUUACCAGCCCCGGAUAUCCGAAUGAUUACCCGCCAAACAGAGAAUGCAUUUGGAGGAUACAAGUCCCUGCUGGUUUUAGCAUUGCUCUUACAUUCAAAACUUUCGAGGUAAGUGCUAUUGUGAUUAAUAAAGGCAGUGAUGCAUUAAAACCACAUUUUUUCACAUAAAUGUAAUACCAUUAUCAGUCAUUUGUCAUGAGACAGGAUGCAGUAGGCGGUAGGUAAGACGGUAGCAUUCCUGGGUUGCAUAACCUGGUAGUCGGUUGUUAUGUUACACUGAUGUUGCUGGCAAUGGUUUCCUAAUCCUGGUAGGCGUUAGAUUAUAUGGGUUCAGCGUGAUGUGAGGGACAACGGACGACAGCGUUCAGAUCGCCCAUCACUGGGGAUAACUGCCGGAAUGCCUAAAAAAUCCAAUCGAAUUCGUUUUUCAGUUCGUUUUAUGUAGGUUAUCAGAAGUACUAACUAGUAUUAAGCGUCAUUCGGUUUAGAACAUAAAUUCCAAUAAGGAAGCAGAAAUUAUUAUUUUCGCAGGUUUUCUCUGACUAGUCAUGCAUUAUUCCAAAUGCAUUAGGCACAUGUAGAUCAAAGUGCCUUUGAAUUAACUGCAUUCCGAAUUCGCGUUUGCAUUCGGCAAUGCUCGGAGUACGACACCCGACACCAGUGUACAAGUUCUAACGAGGACAAAAAUCAAAUGUAAUGUUGAAUUGACGGAUUAUAAGCGUUCUUACGCACAUAACCGAGAACAAUUUUCCGGCUCCGCUGAUAUUAGUUUCUUACAGUUGGUCUUUAUGUCUCUUAGCUUGAGGACAGUUGGGGAUGCUCAAACGAUUAUGUAGAAAUCUAUGAUGGGCUUACGGCGAAUUCACCAAGACUCCGAAGGUUAUGUGGGUCUACUGUACCAAAGCCCGUAUGGUCAACGAAUAACACGUUGAUCCUGCGUUUCCUCAGUGACGACAGGGUUCAAGGUCAAGGAUUUGAAAUUAAUUUUGAGAAGGGUAAGUGCUUAUACUGUGCAUUAAACCAGCAUUGAAAACUGGUAGAAAAUUAAGCAAAAAAUUGCAACGAAUGUAACUAUAAUACUAACCCGACCACUCAUGACAUUCCCACGGGUAUUCUGUUCAGUAACGGGUAAUUCGACGUUUGCUGUUAUUGAGAGGAUCGCGGCCUGCGAUUCAAAUGCUAAAAAAGGCACAGCAAAUAAGAUUUUUGUGUUGUAUUAAAAAAACCUUAACCAAGUGUCUUGCUUUCCAACAUCACCCAUGGGGUCACAGUAUGGUUGUAAAUCGCCUUAAAGUCCCAUGUCACAUCUGACGGCAAAAGUUAACCUUCAUCCCUUAACAUGACAGUGCGUUAAAAAUGAAAAUUUCUGAGUCACUUGCGAUAUAUACGGUUCUAAUGAUUAAACGAAAGCUGAUAGUUUGAAUAACUGUACAUGUGCUUUAAGUAGCCAUCUGCAGACUGUUCGGUUAUUCAUCUAUCCAGCACUUAAUAAACAGUAUUGCUCUGUUCAAUUGACCAAAAACUGUGCUUUAAAUGUUAUCCAAAAAAUCCGGCCAGCAAAACUACCAUGAAAGCUUAUCAUUUGUCAUUUUAGUUUUCAGUUUUAGUUUUAUUUUUUAGUUUUGCAACUCAUAGAUAGCAUGGGCUUCAUUAGCCACAGAAAAGCAUAUAUGAAUACAUGUAACAGGUGUGCUAACUUACGAAAUGCUGGCCGAGAUUCUGAAAUGUGUUUUUACUUCGAAAACAUUACUUUCAGUGAGUGACAGAUCUCAUGAAAUGUUGGCCGAAAUUUCAAAAUGCGUCUUCGAUUAGAGAGGGUUUCUCGGACGCGGUAUAAUUCUAUAAUAUUUUGGAGUUGGCAGAAUGUCAGCCUUUCAGUACACUGCGUUUAGAUAUCCUGUAGAAACCUUAGUCGGUAACUACUUAAAUAGCCUGCAUUUUCCCGAUUGAUUUUCGAUGGUCUUGCAAAUUCAUAUAUAUUUCGGAGGGACCACGAACGAAAUUGCGUCUUCUUUCAAUCGUUUGAUAGAUAAUUACGUCAUCUUUUUAUUCAUUGUUCGAUGAAAGAGUAUGUUUAGGUUUUAAAAGGUUUUUUAAUUCCCGAAUAAUUCGGGGCCCGAUCAGUCGUUGCAUUAGCGCUCAGUGAUUUCAGUCUACCGAGUGCAUGCCCUCCUCGUAAAUACAACCAGAGAUUUUUCUAUUCCAUUAAAACGAUAUCAUACAGCGUCCACUAAACUUUGCAGUGGAUGCGGACAAUGUUGUACAUUGCAUGAAGAAUUGUGGUAAACGGCCAGGUACGAUGCUUAGUGAAUGGACAUUGCGUGGUCUUAAAGAAUCUCAUAAUUAGAAACUUUUUAAAACCUAACUAUACUGCUUUUUUGAGUAUAAAGCAUAAGGACUAUGUGAUUAUCUAUCAAACGACUAAAAAAGCAUAAUUUUAUCGUGGUUACUUCAAAAUAUACUUGAGUUUGUGAGACUAUCAAAAAGCAAUAGUAAAAAUGCAUGAUAGAUAAGUAGUCAUUGUUUUACCGAGUACGGUUUCUACAGGAGAUUAAAAUGUAAUGCUCUCACAAGUUGACAUCCUGCCAACUCCUAAAUAUUAUGGGAUCAUACAGUAAGAUAGUCAGUACUGCAACUGCGCCUAAGCAGUCCUUUCUAAUCGAAAACGCAUUUCAAAAUUUAUGCCAAGAUUUUAUAAGAUCGGUCACGCACUGGAAGUAGGGUUAUAAAAUCAAUCAUUUGACAGCAUAAUUCUACAAUAAUUAUCUCGGGAUGCCAGCUUUCGAACGAACACCCUCCAGGCCGCAUGCAAAACUAAACUCUUAAUAAAUCGACUACUAUAUUUGCCUAAAUUAUCCGCAUUACUUUUCGAUAAUUUUAAAAAUUCAAAUAUAUUUCAUGGAAAACAUGCACAAACAUAGUUCAUCUUCCAUGACUUCUUCUAAUGUUAUACUCUAAGAAGGGAUAUAAUUCGGUUUUUAAAAAGUUUCUAAUUGUGAGAUUUCGUAAUACUGUGAAAUUGACGUCCAUAAAGCAUCGUGUCUUUGCAUUUAUUGAUGUGGCUUAUAAAGUUUACUAUAUGGCUGAAAGCUACUGCUAAAUUUUAUGAGCCACAUAUACUCUCCUAUUAACAGCGUGGAAAAAUGCUCGGUUUGCCGAACGUGGAAAAUAUACGUCUUAUAGAUUGGAAAACCUGAAUUCAAGUAUAACAGAAGUCGUAUUCAAAAUUCUUCAGGAACUGGAAAAGUUUUUAAAAUCCAAAUUCUACCCUUCCUUCGGGUAUUUAAUUGGAAGAGGAGAUAGGUUUCUACCGAAUGAGUAGGAGAAAAAAUAUUUUUAUGCAUGUUUUCCAUGAAAUACCAUUGGAUUUCUAAAGGCUUCAAAUCAAUGAAGAAAAUGCAAGCUAAAUAGCUAGUAUUCUUUUACGUAGUAUGGAUUUUCUUUUCGUACAAGAGACGUUCUUUCGAAAUUCGGUACCUCGAUGUAACUAAAUCCUUAGAGAAUUAUGCUGCAUGAUAAUAAAUUAUACUACCCUAUCGAAUUAACGUGUUCUAAGCGAAAACUCAUUUCAGAAUUUCGGUUACCAUUUUAUGAGUUAGCACACCUACUGUAUACAAGCAAGGUCAUUUGCUUAUCUCUCAAUUUGCGCCCAUAAUUAGCAAUGUAUCGAUCUCGCCUCCUAUUACUCGUUUCAUCUGAAGACGAGUCGGUGUUACCAGUUUGAAAAAAAGUUUUUUGUUAAAUCCUCUUCUCCGAUGAUCUUUUUUUCUUCACGAUAUCACAUGUGAGUAUAAACUUCGUCCUUUAUUCAAAUAUACGUAUACGAAAUACAUAUAGAAUAUAUACAUAUGCAUAUACAGAUAUAAAUAUACAAAAACACAUAUGCAUAUUCAUGCAUUUGUUGAUUGAGAAAGAUGCACUCUUUUCAGUUAUCCUUGUGGGAACCGACCGAUGCGCAACCGUGAAUCAUGAUUGUGAGCAGAUCUGCGUAAACAUACCGGGCGGCUAUGAAUGCCAGUGCAAUGAUGACUUCAAACUUCUGCCUGACAAAAAAUCAUGCAAAUGUGAGCUUUCUCUUCUUUCUCUCCUAAUGUUUCUGCUGUCCGUGGUGUGGUGUGUUUUAAAUUCAUAGGCAUUAUCCUCCAAAAUCGGGAAGUUGGGAUACUUUUCAUCAAGUUCUGUCCGUAAUUCCUGUUCCAAAACGGCCUGGUAAUUGCUGAUAACUAGGAUUAAGUAAACAUCUUGUUUUUGAGACGCAGCCUGCACGUAAUAAUAAGAAUGAAACACGCCUUUUGUCGAUAUCACCACAUGUCUUAAGUGAUCAUGAUUGUGGGCCACCACCGGACCCUUCUCUGUAUUGAUACUAACGUGUAGAAUAUACUGUCUGUCUUAUUGAUUUAUUUCCUUACAGCGACCGCUUGUGGUGGCCUUCUGAAUGCGGACAAUGGUGAUAUUUCCAGUCCUGAAUUCCCCGAUUGGUACCCACCAAAUAGUAAAUGCGUCUGGAACAUUGAAGUUCCUCUUGGGUUCUCCGUUGUCCUCACAUUUGAGAAUUUCGAAGUAAGUGACAGUAUGACCCAUGCAGUCAAUGCUUGUGGGACUGAAUUACACGCAUUCCGUUAAACAAGGGCCUAUGGGCCACCAGUUGGUCGUCUUUUAUAUGAUUAAUUUCCGAAAUUAUUUAUUUAAUUGUCCUCUGGAGUUCAUAUACCGGAAACCGCAAAGAAAACUUUGGGGUACACACUCAUGAGCCGAGCACCGAACAGAUGUGUCACGCAGCGGCAUGAUAUCGCCGAAACAAAUGUAUUGGCUUUUAUUCAGUACCUAUGUCGGAAGAAUUGUAUAAUACGUUUGAUGCUUAUAUAAUGAUAGGGAACGUUCACUGAUCGUUUUUAUGGGACUCAUUCGUUCCGUUGGACCUAACGGGCUCUCGUAGCUACAACCGUCAACAGUACAGCUGCGCAUGAUAUAGACAGUUCGCUAUUACCGAAAGAGACAAGGGAGACUGAAAGGGCCGCUUCUCGCUUAUUAGCCGUCGUCACCCAUUCAUACCCAACACUGAAUUGUGGAACACCUGGGGCUCGAAGUCGCGACUUGUUUUUCGGAAGUCCAGCGCCUCUAACCAGUGAGCCACGAGCUCGUUCUUCAGUCGGUCUCAAUCGGGAAUAUAUAGCAUUGUAUAUUCCCGAUCGAAACCGACAGGAAAACGGGCACGUGGCGCAGUGGUUUGGGGCGUGGAAUUCUAAAUAACAGGUCGCAAAUUCAAGCCUCGGGUGUUCCACACUUCAGUGUUGAGUAUGACUGGCUGACGACGGCUGAUAAGCCAGAAAUGGCCAUCCCAGUCUUCCUUGUAUUUGUCGGUAAUAACAUAAUGCAUAUAUAUAUAUAUUCGAGGGAGUACGACAGAGUCUAGGGGUUGACUAACGCAGUAGGUUUCAAGUUUGCUUGCUUUCAUUUAGCUAAUGUUAACCCUGACUACCAGUUCGGAUGGGGGACUGAAGCAUGCGCCCACACACAUGUGAGGUCUACCAGAUGGGUCAAAAGCACUCAAUCGAACCGAAGUUCAUCAAUGGUUCACCAUCUGCAAUUCUGUCUCUGUAGAUCGGGUAGUAAUUCAGUGAGAAAUACGCGCACACCGAUCCAUUAGCAUCCCGACGCAGACAAGCUCCGUAUGGGCGGUAGCCGUUAAAAACAGGCAAACAAGCCGAGACAGUGCUGUUUCAAUCUACCUCCCAGACUCUGUUGCCUCGCCUCCGCUAUCGUAGUUUGACCGACUUUGGCCGGAAUAGGUGGUUGCCCGCUCGUGACCUCUAUCACAUAUACGGGGUUUCUUUGCUAAGGGAAGUCAAUGAAUCGGUGCGCAUCCAUUCCUGAUUGAAUAUACAUACAUGUAUAAGCGUGUAGAAUAACAUGAACGAUGAAGUUUUUUGCCUGAAUUACGGCCCGCCGUGGGGCUGCUGUUUGCAUUCGAGAGAAAUCUCCGAGGCACAACGUGACGAGUAAGCUCGUAACACGAUCGAUAUACGAUGCAUUCAUAAAAAUGCAUAUUUUUACUAUAGGCAGGAAGUGAAUCUUGAUUUUUGGUGCAUGAAUGCAGCAUUUGUACCCUGCUGUUUAUUAAUAACUGGACAUGCAGGUCACCGAGGCAGCCUGUAUUAUCUGAUAAAAGGCAUGUACAGACCCGCUGACGAUUCCAAGGCAGCUGCCAAUUAUCUGUUGCGUGAUUUGGUGUCCCGACUGACAGACUUACAGACACCACAUGCCCACGUACCAAGCCCGGCCUUGAGCCGUUUUAUGCAUCAGCAAACCAAGCAAAUGCCUUCUUUAUACAGUAGAUAUUCUGACGUUGCAUCCUUCCUACUAGCGAUCGCAGACUGGUUCAAAUGCUGCUGCCGGAAAGAGGUGUUGCUGUUAAAGAGUACUAUACCAGGAGCAAAGUGGUUUCAUACGUGGCCUAGAGAUGCAUGAUAAUGUCAGCAAGGAGAGGCGUUUUGACGGGGAGUUGGGCUGAGGUACUUUACGACAGAAUUUCGCUGCAGCACAGUCGGCCUACAUGGCCAAUAUGUUGCCAUAGUAUCCCGUGGUAUUCUGGGCUGGUAAGGCGUAUGGGGCGGAUUUAUUUUACGGCUCCAUGCGCCAAUUCUCAGAUUCCGUGAAUGAUAGAUUCGUAAGGGACUAAUGAGGCCAAUGUGUGAUAUAAAGAUUUUUACUGUUUAUGCAUCCACAUCGACACAGGAAGACAACCAUGACGUCAAGGACGUGGAAAUUCAGUUUCACGUGGUUUGCAUGAACGGCGCUGCCAUCGAAACAACUAGGGAUUUUUCCAUGUCGACGUAAUUUUCCGCAAAAUUAUUAGUUGCUUCCAUUAUGAGUAGGAUGUUCUGCAGUGGAGAGACUGCUCUGACCAUCACCAACCGUCUACGGGAUUUUAUGUUGCCCUCUUCGUUGGCCAUUCUGCUAGGCUUGGUGGUGAAGGAUCACAAGUAGUUCAGAGAAUGCCGGGUCUGUGUGUGUACACACGCAUCCUAUACCCUCAUCUGGCAUAGUCCGCUGGACAAGGACUUUAAUUAAUAGCAUAGGGUUUUACCAAACAUGAAAUUUUGUCGCACUCCGCAUACUACUGAGGGCGUCUAGAUGCAGCUUUGUGCUUUAGGUUCGGCGAAUCAUGUCCGGACAAUCGUCCGAGGUGAGCAGCAGUUGACUGCAAAGCCCGCGUUUACCACUAUCCCAUCCUCUGCAGGAUGCUCCUAUCUAUUCCAGUCGUGACUGUCACAUCCUGUUUGUAUACCGAUUAAGCAUUUCCAAAAACCAAAAAAUAUUUGACGUAGCCGAAGUUUUCAGCAGGACUUCCUAGAGUCCCAGGCAAGAGACGAAUGCCAAGGCAGGGCAAAGCAAAAGGUAUUUCCACGUUCACAGAUUCGCUGGAAAAACGUUACUAGUGUCUCGUCUUUGAAUGGCACGGAUACAUAUUCGAAAAGUGACGCAUAUGUGGCGUCAUCGGUCGGUAAUUGGGACCUGGAGCAUAUUAAUUGCAGUUCCAAUUGUUACACGAAUAUUACUCUACAAAUCAUUUCGCUUGCAGAGACGAGCAAUGUCAAGGAAACUGGCAUAAUGCCGCCAAGUGGAUCAACAAUUUUAAAAACAACAAAAAACUUACAGCGGGUGGUCUUCCCGUAGCAGUCAUUUACUGUCUAACUUUUUCGUUGCUAAAAGAAAGAGCAAACUGUCUAUUUCAAUAUUUGAAAAUGUUCAUUAGUCCAUCGGUGCCUUUACUACCCCACAAACAUACAGUGCGUGACGAACCUAAUAAAAUAUUCGCCGAAAUACUGUAAUGCGUUUUCGAUUAGAAAGGAUUAGUUAGGUGAGGUUGUAAUUCUGCUUAUCAAACGACAUUAUCCCAUGGCAUUUCAGACUCGCAAGGCUAUCGGCUUUUGAACGAACUUCUUUUCUACCUGCUAUAGAAAAUACACUCAGUAAAAAAACAACUACUUAAGUAACAUGCAUUUUCCACACUGAUUUUCGGGGGUCUUGUAAAUUCCGAUAAUUUUAUGGAAAAAUGCACAAAAAUAUGCUUAUUUUCAUCUGUUCGGUAGAAGAUAGCACUGCUGCUACAUUUUUAUACGCGGUAAUAGCAUAUAUUUAGGUUCUGGAAAAGUUUCCCCAUUCCCCAGUAAUUUCCGGCCAGAUCAGCCGUCGCAUUACCACUUAGCGAUUAAAGUCCACAAGACGCAUGCUUUCUGCAUGAGAAAAGUCGUGUAUUUCUCUUUGUCUUUAAGAAGAUACCACGUUGAGUGCACAAAAUUUUACAGUGGAAGUGGACAAUGUUGUGCGUUUCACGAGGAGCAUUGGUAAACGGAAAUGUGCGAAUCUGUCGGCAUGGAUAUCGCACUGUCUUAAAAAUCUCUUGAUCAUAAACUUUUUUCAAACUUAACUACGCGCCUUCCCCAGGUGUAAAAUGUAAAAAUAUGUUACUUUCUACCAAAAAUUAAAAGUAACCGUACUUUGUGCAUGUUUUUCACACAAAGUAUUUGAAUUUAUAAGAUCAUCGAAAAUCGAUGAAGAAAAUGCAUGCUACAUAAGCGGUCAUUUCUUGCUGAGUGUGGCUUCUAUAGCAGGUCGAAAAUGUAUACGUUUAAAAGCUGACAGCCAUACAAGUCUGAAAUACUAUGGGAUUGUGUCGUUCGACAAGCAGCAUUACAACCUCACCUAAGUAAUCCUUCCUGAUCGCAAAUGCAUUCCAUUAUUUCGGCCAAUAUUUCAUAAGGUCGUUCACUCGCUGUAUAUGUUGAACAAUGUAAUUACUUUACAUUCAUAUGCCACAUAUAUGUGUGUACGACGCACUCUUUUGCCAAAAAACGCACUACAUCAUGCACUUAUGUCACUUUUGGCAACUGGUUAAUAUAUUGACGUCAGGUGUAGAUUGUGAUCUAAAGGCAACAAUUUAUACCUCUAUUAAGGCAUGCGUUACAUUUUAGCGGCGUAUUUUGCAUGCAAAUGUGCGUAAGCCGACCGGAGCUGGUAUACCACCGAUAGUCAUAUGCCAAAAUCUAUGAAUCCAUACUGACUAAAACGUAUUUACCAGGAGUAGUCUCUUAAUGUCCAAAUUUUUAUUUUUCAGCUGGAGGACACUCCAGACUGCCAAUAUGAUUACUUGAAAAUCUUUGAUGGUCCAUCGGACUCUUCGCCCCUCCUUCGGACGAGUUGUGGGACUCAAAUACCAGCAGACAUCAGUUCGACAGGCAAUACAAUGACGGUUGUUUUUGGCACAGACGAAUUCGGUCACAAAACGGGAUUCAGAGCACGGUUUGAAAAGGGUAGGUCUUUCUUAUGCACAAGAGUUCGCCGAUGCCGUAAACGCGCUUUUCGGUAUUAUCGAAGCAACAGAUUAGCAAAAUUUAAAAUUAUAGACUAAUAUGCAGUUUUGGACUAUAACGAAGAGCAUCCAGAAGUGUAUUAAAGAAAUUCCAUCCACUCGUGGAUUGUUCAGGUUUUACCAACGCAUUAAAGUGUUACGUGUUAGUUAAACCCGAAAGCUGCGCAAAUAAAUACGAAUAUGUGCAUGAGUUCAUGACUGCGACACCUCGAUUAAAUAAGAAGAGAUUUCACAGGAUUGGGGACUUUGCUGGCUGACGUUUCGAAGAGCUGGGGCUGCUUUCCAUUGUCAAGGUGUCAAGUGAAAAGAAUCGAUCAUAAUUUUUGAAUAGACUGCCGGAUUAGCUGACCUUGGCCUGAUCGACUUUCUUCUCCUCUCACUGCCUUGGCCUACUGGCCGUCGCUUGUGAGUGUUGACGGCCUCCUGUAUUACGUGUCGUCACCUAAACUGGGGUUAGUUGCGUUUGCGUUCCCCUUUUGGAUGAAGUGGUCGACAGCCCGUGUUUGCUCGGUAUUCUUAGGCUCCGUCUUGUCUUCGUCACUGUGUAUGUAGUGACGUAGGACUUUAGAGGCCGAAGGAAGGUCUAGAUGCCUGUUGAGAGAGUUGCUAUCUGAGUACCAAGCCUCGAGUGUGAGACGCUCAGACCUUGAGGUGUCCCUGUCUAAGACUGUCGCUACUUGAAAAUCAAAACUGCCAACAGUUUCCCCGAUGUAAGCCGCAAAGUGUGAGUUUGGGUCUAGUCUCUGAGUUGCCAUUUUGUGCUCAUGUAGGCGGAUCUGCAUUUUCCGUCCUUUUUUCCCAACGUAGCUGCCGUCUCUAUCCUUACAAUGUUUUUGAUAGACAACUGCUGAGGCAUUAAUGGGUGGCAGUAUGUUUUUGGGUUGCAACAAAAGGCGACGAACUGUUGCCUGUGGUCGAUGGGGCAGUUGCAACAGUCUUGAAACCGCCUCGGCGAUUCCUUUAAUGUAAGGAAUAGCCCUCCAGACUUCAGGUCAUUCUUGUGGCCGCCGUCCGUUCACUCGGCGCUUGCUUUGCUUGAUGAAGUGGCUUGGGUAUCCAUUGGGUCAAAAGAGAUCAUGAAGGCAUUGUCGUUCAACUCUUUUGUCAGCUGGUGCACUGCAAUGUGUUUCAAUUUAUUUGGAACAGAGUACGGACACAGCUGCGUUUGUGACAGAGGGGGUGAAUCCCGUUGACCUGCAGUAUUUGUCUUGUGUUGGUGGCUUUUUUGAAAACGGUAGUUUGUAAUUGUCCGGUUGCACACCGACGCACAAGGACAUCGAGGAAGGGCAGUUGGUUGUUUAUUUCGGCUUCCAUCGUGAAUUGGAUGUUCCGGUCAACCGAGUUCCGUAAUUCUUUAAGUUGCUCCACGUCGGAUUACUUGACAAUGGCGAAGGUGUCAUUGACGUAAUGAGCCCAGAACUUUGGUUGAUAGUAGGUGAACACUAAGUGUUCUCUCCGUUGAAGAACCACUUCGGCAAUCAGCCUGAAAAGUGAAGUGAAUAGUUAAAAAAACCAAAUAAAUUAAUUUAGUCGUUUGACAUUUUGCUAAAUAUAAACCAAAAUCUCACAGAGUCCCGUAGAAACUGCAAAACCUAAUUUAUCAUAGGAAUUACUGCAUAAUCUGAUUGUUCCAGUCGGAGAAACUGGUAGAGUGCUCCGAACGGGAAUUGCCGAGCACGCGGCAACGGUGCGGAGAGUGACGCCAAAGCUCAGGUCGCGGCACAUUCGACGAGACCCUGCCACACAUUCAAGUCCGAUGCAUUCGAAAUUCUCGCAAGUGGGGAUAAUUGCGUGAGCCGCGAGUUGCUUAAAUCAUGGUUCACGGGACCUCAGUCUAUCGACAAGUGCAACGACAUCCCCACUCCAUAUUCCGUGUUGAGGCAUAGACUGGCCAAAGUAAGUGACCACUGGGGGGACGCGCAAGCCGGUGAGCCAGAUAGUCGAGCAAUCAUCACGCCAGCAUUCAACACGCGUGGUGAGAUUUCAGCAGUUAACAUCUUGCAUGCCGGCCAUCAAGGAGUUAACGCACCAACGGGCAACAAUCCUUGAUGAAGGGAAGCGUGGUUAAUUAUUAUAGGUAUGCGGCAGCAUAUCGACGGUAUUCUAUAAAUACUGCAAUUUCCUGUGAACGAGUCGCACUUUUCUGCUAUUUCCUCUGAGAAUGAGUUUAAAUGAGGCUCUGAAACCUCAGGCGAAUGAAGUUUUUGUUCCAGCGAUCGCUUCUUCUUUUUGUCAACUAGUUCCUGGAACUCGCAUUUCCGCUUGUAUCUGUUCCAUUUAUUCCAUCAAUUCAGCACUUUUUCCGAGCAUACGGGCAUUGUCAAGUGUUUGGUCGGACAGUUAAUGAAAGGCCAACAGAAUCACUGUUGAGCAUUCCAAUUUUGAAAGGCCGCCCCUAGUCUGUUACUUAUUCCUUCGCAGUACUUACAGUGGUUGCCACCCUCAAAGCAGACUCAGCACCCCGCUUGCAGUUGGUGCGGUCGAGCUACUGCAUUCAUAUCUGCCAUUUGCGGUUGGCGCAACUAUGUUGGAAAGAGGGAGAUGUGGUUAUGUAGCCCCACCUAAUGGACACAAAACCGUUGAUGUUAGGGUUAGGAGUUAUGGAUAGGGGUUACAUUUAAAGCGUAGGGGUUAGGGCAACUAUCUCUCAACCACUCAAAGUACAAUCGCUCAUCCCCAAUGGCUUUUUCUUUGCAUACAAUUACUUGACGUUGUCGCCUGUGGGUUCCCCUGCACCACCUGUAAAAGCCCCUAUUACCACCGGUCCCGUAUUACAGAUGACUGAGGUUUGUUUACUUCAGGUGGAGCUAUACAACCACGUCUGACCGAAAAAGCAGUUAAAAACUGCGGGCGCAAAUACAUAACACUAGCCAAACGCUCUGAUAUUAGUUUGGAGGUCGGAGAUAACGAUUCGUGCUGCGCAGUUGAGGCAUAGCCUUUAUUUUACCACGGUCACUAUUGUCCGUUAAAAAAAGAUCGUAAAUUAUUACAGAAAUUUGUUAACUCUUAGCAACCAAUUAGGGCACGGGCUAAAAACACCACAGUUAUAAAGUGUCAAAUUACCCUUUAGACAUCAGUAAAAGUCGCGUGUAGUCAGAGCUCCAAAGGGCGACCGCCUCUUGACCUGAGAGCGCAUAAGUUCGAUAAGGGAGAUGCAACACGAAUGAAUGUCUCAUGUUUGAGUCAGUUUUAUGUGUCGAUUGGGUAAUUUCUUAGUUGGUGAGCUCCUGUGAUUGUCCAUCUUCGAGGCUGCACGCACUUAUUGCUCGGCCGUCUGAAAACCGUGACUUCUAGCGCGAUGCAAAUGGCAGACGCGGAAGUUUUAUUUUAUUGCAUGUCAUAUACUUGUCUCUGUGAAUGUAAAUGUGCAGAGAAUGUCAGUACUUAACACUGACUGGAUUGGCAAUCAUUGCUAAGGUCGAUUAGAAGAAAUCGCUGUUUAACUCGCCAACAUUCAAAUACAUUCCUGUCUGUAGAUGUCUCAACUUGUCUUUAAAUAUAUAUUUCGGCAUAGAUCUAGUUCAGCAUUAAAUACGGUAACUUGCUCAUUCAAGCCUACUGCUGUUUUUAUUCAUGCGUAUGCUUCCUGUAUCGUUUGCCUGUUCGCCAGUAUUAUCUGCUUUGGAAAAGUCGUUAAGUAUGGGCUCUAGCAACAACUAAAAUCUCAUUUAUUUGAGAAAUUCCGAGUACCAGUACUUUUUGUUAAAUACUUCACGGCAUCUCAAUCAUUUGUAUACAGUAGGAUCUCAAGUCUCCUCAAAAUCUUUUCAGGUAUAGGAAUUAAUUAUGACACCUAGUUAAUUCUCAUGGUUGUAUCAUGCAGGCUCCUACUGCAAUUUGCUAGGAACGCAUUACGCUUUGAGUGAUCCAUAACAUUUUUAUUUUAGGGUCACCCAUUAUGAAGGAUUCUGGAUUGGUGCACCGGCAAUGA